AUGAUACUGAUUUCUCAUGACUUUCAUCUAAUCUGCUAUUGUUCAAUCGAGCAAAGAAAUCAAUAUUCAAAGAGUGGUUUCUUCAACAUGGUUUCAAAGUGCUGUUUCUACUUAGCCAAAGUUUAAAUAAACUAAUGUUUAUCUGCUUUUGUCAUUCUAAUAGGAUUAUAAUUUGGCUUUGGUAGUCUAUCAGUAAGAUUGUGCAUCUUUAUGGAAACUCUGAUUGUCUACAAUAGCAAAUUUGCAAAUAUAUCCUUUUCAGAUAUGAGAACUAUUAUUUUUGAUAUAUAUCACCACCAUCUGCAUAUUCAAUUGCAAAGCUAAUAAAGAUAUUUAGAGAAAGUUACCAUAAAAUUUAUUAUUAAUCCUCUAAAAACGCUUCUUUAUUUUGAAUGA